CCUAUAUCAACUAUAAGGGCCUCAAAAAACUUAUCAAGGCCGGUGUAAGGGUAGCUCAGGAUGGAGAACAAGUCGACUUAGCAGGUGGGCAUCAUCACAUUGAGACGGGCCGGUCUCGCUUACACGCCUUGCAUAUAUACUGACCACCCUUGCCAGAAUUCUUCUUCGAUCUGGACAGGAACUUGGAAGAUGUCGACUCGUUCUACAACAAAAAGUUCGCCGACGCCUACCGGAGGCUCAAGGUGCUCCAGGACAGAUAUGGCAGCUCGCCCGAUGUUGUCGCGAACCUCGACGAUGACGAGAUCGAGGAGCUGAUGGGCGCUUUGCUCGAGUUGCGUAGCCAGCUGCGGAAGCUGCAGUGGUUUGGUGAGAUCAACCGCCGCGGGUUCGUCAAAAUUACCAAAAAGCUCGACAAGAAGAUCCCCAACACCACCACGCAGACCACGACACAGCAUCGCUACAUCUCGACAAAAGUCGACCCCUGCCCGUUUGCCAAGGACACCACCAUUGCCAGGCUGCUGUCUGAAAUCAACAAGUGGAUUUCGGUACUGGGUGACACGCAUCACGCCGAUGAUGCCGGGUCGGAGAGGUCAACUCUUUCCUUAGGACGGGCAACGGCGAAAGCCAUGCUCAGUGUCCCGUCGGGUUUGUUAGACAAACUCGACCAGGCGAUCCGGAAAGACGAUCUGGACGCUCUGAAGGACGGUCUCACUACCGGGAACCUCGUGAGCCCGGAGCCUGCCGCGCAGAGGGUGCUGCUCAACGUGCUGCAACGAUCCAUCUCCGCUCGGUCAAAGGGCUGCGUUGCGUUUCUGCUGGACAGCAUCACGUCUCUAGACGAAGCUGAUGACAUUAACGAGCGGAACUGCAUCCACAGGCUGGUGAUCCACAUCGGCCGAACAAAGACGGUCUCGGCUCAGAACGAGGAAGACUCGAAUUCGGCUCCCUAUCCCUUUCCGGGCGCCGUGCAGUACGCUCAAAACUACCUCACCCCAGCAGCGUCGCCGCUUCCCGCUCCGAGAGUCUGUGGCCUUAAGGAGUCGGAUCUCCUCACCAAGGACGAUGAGGCGGUCCAGACGCUGAUUUACUUGCUGGAGAGCCUCAAACCAGACCAGAGGGCGGCGCUAAAAGCAAAGGACGGCUUCGGCCGGAUCCCGCUACAUUACGCGGCCCAGUUCGGGUUUGUCGUGGUCUGCCAGAUUCUGAUGAAGAAGAUGCAGGAGUGGGGCCAGUUUAAUGUCGAGAACGGCAUCGAUGCUUCGGAGUGGCAAGACAAAGACGGCAACGCGCCCGUGCACCUCAGCGUCCUCGGCGGGCAUCGUCUGACCACCAAGGCCUUGCUCCAGGGCGAGGAUUGGCAGGGCGUGAGCGACAACAAGGCCGAAAUGAGGCGCGCCGUCUCCAAAUCCAGCGCCGUCCUAGCCAUUGCAACCAAGGCCAACUUCAAACCAAUUGUCGAGAUGCUGGUGGACGCCGGCGUGGAUAUCAACUGGCAAGACAAGCACGGCGAGACCGCGCUACAUUUUGCCGCGCGGUUUGGCCACGCCGAGUGCGCCAAAGUGCUCCUGAAGGGGACAGAUGAGCAGAAGGCAGACUUGGAGCUGGCUGAGAAUUCGUUUGCCUGGACGCCGCUGCACAUAGCCGCCGUGGACGGCCACAUGUCAGUUGCGCAGCUCCUGGUGGAGGCCGGGGCCGAUGUGGACAGGGUGGACUCGUCGGGUUGGACGGCUAAGGAGCAUGCGGCCUUGAGGGGACAUCUCCCCAUCGCCCGCCUCCUAGCUGCCCAUAGCAGGGACGACGACGAUACAGGCACAAACAGCUCCGACGAUGAGAAAGCGAGUGCAGAGCCCGUGGCUCGCGAAGUUGCCUCUCUUGGUGAUAGGAGAUCUAACGGCGCCUCUCGCGCGGCGGAGCCUGUCAAGUCGUUCGGGCACCGCUACCUCAGAGAUGAGAGCCUAGUGCUUGUCAGUCUCGGUUCGAUGGACAUGCGGAAGGAUGUCGAAGCCGUGACUCUAGACAAAGUACCCCUCACAGAAGCCCACAACACGCAACUGGAUACGGCUCUCUCCAUAGUCGUGUCGGCACAGGGCGCUACGGGCGAGCCGACCAUCAUCGAUAUGCCCGUUCACGAGAACAUCUCGACGGAGCCGAUCGUCUUCACCACGCCCGAUUCCUCCAAGGUCAAGCUGCUGUUUGAUAUCGUCCCGACCUACUCGGGCAACAAUAACAACAAGGUCGGUCGUGGCGUCGCGCUGCUGUCUACUGUGCGGUCAACUAUCGGCACGAAGCGGAUGAACCUACAGGGUGACGUCUGCGUCCCGAUCGUGGGCGCCAACCUCGAUGUCAUCGGCACGGUCAGCUUCAAUUUCCUCGUCAUCACGCCCUUCUCACACCCCAACAUGGAGGUGACGGAGCAGCAGACGUACUGGAAAAAGAUGACGUCGACCAUGGUGAUCGGCCACCGCGGCCUGGGCAAGAACCUCGUGUCCAACCGGUCCCUGCAACUAGGCGAGAACACGGUUCCAUCCUUCAUCGCAGCCGCCAACCUCGGCGCACAAUACGUCGAAUUCGACGUGCAGCUCACCAAGGACCACGUGCCCGUCAUCUACCACGACUUCCUCGUCAGCGAAACAGGCUUCGACGCGCCCGUUCACACCCUGACGCUCGAACAAUUCUUGCAUAUCAACCCCGACUCCUCCCGCCACAAGGGCGGCAGCAGCAACAGCGGCAGCAGCGGCGACAGCGGCCACUCCCCCAUGCCCCAGCACAAACAGCUCUCCAAGGCACGGAGCAACAGCCCGGGGCCACGGCAGCGGUCCAUGUCGAUGGACUGGCCGGCGGCGGGCCACCAGCAGCUCAGCAAGCACCACGAGAUGGACGAGCGCAUGAAGCACACGCGCGACUUCAAGGCCAAGGGCUUCAAGGCGAACUCGCGCGGCAACUUCAUCCAGGCGCCCUUCGCGACGCUCGAGGACCUCUUCCGCAAGCUCCCGGCCUCGGUCGGCUUCAACAUCGAGCUCAAGUACCCGAUGCUGCACGAGAGCGAGGAGCACGAGAUGGACACGUACGCCGUCGAGGUCAACUCCUUCUGCGACACCGUGCUGGAGAAGGUCUACGACCACCUCGACCUCAGCGGCGGCGCGGGCAGCGCCGGCAACACAGAUGAGGGCGGGGUGGCACCGGGGCCCGGGGCUGGAGGCAGGCACGUCAUCUUCAGCUCGUUCAACCCGGACGUGUGCCUGUGCCUGAGCUUCAAGCAGCCCAACAUCCCGAUCCUGUUCCUCACCGACGCCGGCACCAGCCCCGUGGGGGACAUCCGCGCCAGCAGCCUGCAGGAGGCCAUCCGCUUCGCCUCGCGCUGGAACCUGCUGGGCAUCGUCAGCAACUCGGAGCCCUUCGUCAACUCGCCGCGCCUGGUGAAGGUCGUGAAGCAGAACGGGCUGGUGUGUGUGAGCUAUGGCGCGCUGAAUAAUGAGCCGAAGCUGGUGCAGCGCCAAGUAAAGGAGGGUAUCGACGCCGUUAUUGUCGACAGCGUGCUGGCCAUCCGCAAGGGUUUAACCGGCGGCCAGGAGACGACGGCAACAGCGACAACGGGCGGCGACGCGCUUCAGGCGAAGGUGGUGGAAGUAGCGGUCAGGAACGGGAAUGGGAACGGGGUCACCAAUGGUAGCGGGAGUAGCACAGGGGCCUCGGAGUGAGUUGUCUGAUUUUGGGGGGUGCUCAUUUUGUGAUAGACGGCGAUGGCGCAGGAGCGGGGGAAGUGAGCGUUGCAUUUCGGAUCACGGUUAGUUAGGGGCAUUUACGAAUCCAUGUUGCGU